GUGUGGCCAUCUUGAAGGAGAUCCCAAGGAGCUGUCUCCCAUCUUCACACAGUUCCUUGAAUGCACCUGGCAGCUCAUGCAACAGUUUCCAUGUGCAUUUGAAUUCAACGAGCGGCUGCUUCUUGAAAUUCAUGAUCAUGUCUAUUCCUGCCAGUUUGGCAACUUCCUAGGGACCUGUCAGAAGGAUCGAGAAGAUCUCAAAAUCUUUGAGAAAACACAUUCCCUGUGGCCUUUUCUUCUGCAGAGGAAGCUGGAAUUCAGAAAUCCAAUCUACAAGGGAUACACUGCUUACACGUCUCUCCAGCCCAAUACGCUGCCAUUCAGUUUCCAGUUCUGGUGCAGUAUGUAUAACCGUUUUGAUAAAGGGAUGCAUCCCAAACAAUGUAUUCUGGAUCAUCUGCUUAGCUGCACCAGCCAGAAUUUGCAGUUGGAAAACAACGCUGCAGACCUGGAACACAAAUUGCCUCUCUCGGAUGGGCUCCUGCCAAGUGAAACACCUGCCUUCUCCAAAGGGUUUGCCUCUUCGCUGGACAGUUCCAUCUCCCCUAUGGUCAACACCCCCCAGGACUAUGACACCCCUGUGCUGCUGACCAAUGGCACUAUUGGUGGGAGGGAAUGCGACAGACCAGAUGGGCAGGUGAUAAGUGAAGUGGGUCUCCCUCCUCCCGCCACCCCAAACGGCAAUGGCUGCAGCCCAACCACCAUCCACAGCGUGCCUCUCUGGGGCAGUGAUCAAGCAGAUUUCCAGAGGGCCUGAAGCUGCUGGAUCUCCACCUCUGCUGGAAGAGUCAUAGCAAAGGGGCAAUAAAGUCUGAGAUCUAUGACUCUGUGCUGGGAACACCACCUCACUGACAUGUGGCUUAGUGUUGUAUUCUGUGUUCUCAAAGUGAAGGAGGACAGAGCCCAGUGGGGACUUUGGGUCAAACUCCCAGAGGUUGGGGAUGAUGCUGAGUUAGGGGCUGCCACAGUUCAUUCAAGCCAAAACGAUUUCCCAAACAUUCAUUUGGCGGUUGGGGGGGGACACAGAUGUGCACUCAGCCAAUUGAUGCUAUUGUUGGGUUCCAUGGCAGAUUAUAUUUUAAGUGGGGAGAGUUUAGAUAGAUAAAGGAUGCCUGCAUCAAUGCAUUUCAAAAGGGUGCUCCCAAGUAGCCCCCCCCCCCAUCCUUCUCUUUACAAAGUUAGAAUUCCCAUUUGGUCCCACUGUUAGCAAGGGAACGUUGAUCGUUGUGAUGCAGUAUUAGCAUUGUGUGGUUUUUUUGUCUUUGCAGGACUUCCUGUCUCUUGUGUCUUUUGUUUAACUCUCCUGAACAGGCCCUGCCUUCUUAUUUCUCUCUUGUCAUGGUCCAUGGCCUUGAAUGUGUUUUUGGCAUGUUAGGAGAAAACUUUCAGGCAUCUGCAAAUAUGAUGGUUCAUUUAUCAUCUGAUGUCACUUUGGAGAACUUGGCUGUAGGAGAAGGCAUGUCAGAGCCUGAGGGAAGAAUUAAAAAAGACUAAGUCUGCUUGUGGCUCCAUAGGGAUUCUAGGCUGAUCCCUCUUUUAACACCACCACCCUCUCCCAGGUUCUGCAAUUCCUUCUCCUACUUUAUGCACGUUCUCAAGCCCCUUCCUUCUGCUCAAGCACUCAAGAAUAUCCUACCUAAUUAUCAGAAUGGACCUGCUCCUCCUCAGCAGCAAAACCUCCACAAAUUGAUCACCCGCCCCCACAUAUAAUGUGCUUGCCUGAAACUUCACUAAGAGUCUGACCUGGGCUAGAAUGCAUGUUUCCCGCAUGUUUUGAACCAAAACGAAACACGCGCUUCCUGUUUUGUUACUUAGGGGAAGGCUUAAUGCCAGCAAGGAAACGCUGAGCAGAGACAGCGCAAGGCCUCCGGCUCUAAGUCCACCAAUAGAAGUGCAUGCAGAAUCUAUGUUCCUUUCUGCUUAGUGACACAAGUGAAAAAAACUUCUUGGGAUAAAACAAGCCUUCACCCUUAAUAUUCUCGGAAACAAGAAAAUGGCAGUGGAUUUUUUUGAAGCUUUGUCUCCCUCGAAAAGAGGAGACAAAAGACACUUGAGAACGUCCCUGAACCAAGAAUUACAGCUCUGAGUUAGCUUACAGCUUCAAAAAUACAAUGGUUGAGAAAUAACCCUUUUCCCUUGAUAAAUAAUUAGUUCUUCCAACAUAAUUUUAUUGGAUCCUGCACAUCUCUACUAUAUCUUCCAUUUUCUGCUGCAUCAGUAGAGUAAAAAAUCAGAUUUUUUUAGUAAAGCAAAUGACAUUCCUAAGGAGAAGCAUCUCAGCAUUCUUGUUCCAAACGAUGUGGGUGUUUCUUACAAAAAGUCAGCCGUUGCUCUUAAGCUGCCUUUGCUGCUCAGUUUCAGGAUGUCAUUCCACACACACAGUCCUUCAUGCCUUCAUGCAAAUAUUGUCGUCUUUAUGAAAGCAAAUGGACUUGAAUCCUUGCAGGACAAAAUCCUGGAAUCAGGCAGCUUUCAGAAAGUGUAAGUGUGCGUUUCAGAGGACAGUGUUUAGCAAUCUUCUUUCAUGCUCACACCAUCAUUGUCUUCAUUGCAGCAUUUCAAAAUUCCCUGGAAUACUAUUAACCAGUAUGCCUAUUGGGAUAGUUUGAAUGGCUUGUGAGCAAAAUAUCUGAAAUAUUUUUUGUUAUAGCAUUCCAGUAAACCUAAUCAUCUGAUGAACUCACAAUAGUGCAGGAAGAGAAUUUUACCAACUGCAUGGUUGCCCGCCCAUUUUAAAGUAUCUGCAUUGUUAUGUCUGUCCAUGUUGUUGAACAACAUUUUUGUUGACUUCUGCGAUGUUUUGUGUACUCCAAGGCCUAACAAAUUUUAAAGUGAACACACAAAGAUUUCUUUUCAAAAGGUUCACCAGUUUCCUUUUGCAGAUAGUUAAAACUGUGUUGCAUAUCCAGGCUGAAAUAUUUCUACAGUCCCUAUAAAGUUUGUCUGGCUGUAUUUUCGUCUUGCAAGAUUGUCUAAAACUCUGCAAUCAGAGACUUUUGAUAACUCAUCCUGAAUGUGAGUCAUGAGUACACUUGAAACCCUGCUAAAAUAAAAGUACAAAUAUUAGGAGAUUAUAGUUGUGUAUAUAAAGAUAUAUUGCUGCAAGUCUUAUAGUAAAUUAAAUUUGUAAGUAUUUUUUUAAAAUUUCUUAUGAAAAUAAUAAAUUCCUCGCAUUUCUAAAAUGAGUGAGGGAUGGUUUCUUGGAUCAAUGUUGUAUUUGAGAGCAUUUUAAAUAAAAUCGGCCUUGAAGACAUUCUGGGCCCAGCUCAUACUCCAGAAAGGACUUUUUCACAGUUGAGUUUUUCUAGGUAAAGGAUUUUUUUGGUCCUCGUCAUAGAACAUUCUUAACAGCUAUGGAAAGAAAGUUGUAAAAUGGAGCAAAGUUCACUUAACAAGCAUCUCACUUAGCAACAGAAAGCUUGGGCUCAAUUAUGGUCAUAAAUUGAGGAUUACCUGUACUUGAAGGAGAACAUUCUGUUCAUGCACUGGUGGAGUUUUGUCUUGACCUCAAAAUUCAAAGCCACAACAGUGCUGCGAUUGGGAUGAUUAAAGGUUACUCAAAGAUCGGAGUAGGCAAUUAAAUGGCUCUUAGUCAUGAUGGUCUUGUAAGUUUCCAGUAUCAGGUCAAUUUGUCCUAUCAAUCCCAAUUGUUCAGGGAAACAGGAAAGUAGCUGAGGGCAGAACAAGAAGUAGCAGAUGAAACUUACCAAGGAGAGAUCCAUCCUAGAACUAAGAAUAAAUUGUGAAGUUGAGUAUGAACAAUUAUGGAAUGCUUGCCUCCAGAAAUCGUGGGUGCUCCAUCACUGGAGGUUAUGAAGAAGAGAUUGGGCAACUAUUUAUCUGGAAUGAUAUAGGGCAGUGAUGGCUAACAUUUUUCAUCACUACGUAUGUGUGAUGAACCUGUGUGCCGGAAAAGGCACGCAACACCAUCCUGCGAGGAACAUGCAACCUCACUGGCCUUUGACGAAACCCAGAAGAGCAGUGUUACAUCACGCUUACGUGCACCAGCACCCAAAAUUUCCAGUUUCAGGCGCUGGUGUGCGCCUGACAAACAACUAGCCGUCGCGCAUGCACACAACAGAAAUCUAGAUGUUUGGGUGCAUGCGUGCCGAAAUGCUGCUCUUCCAGAUUUCAGCACUCCCACAAGCACGAAAGCCAGCUGGCCAGUGUGCUGGGAACAUGUGCACAGGAACAUGGAAGAGGAACCAGUGAGGCUGUGCGUCCCACGGCUCUGCGUUUCAUUUCCGGCACACAUGCCAUAGGUUCACCACCACGGUUAUAGGGUCUCCUUGAGCAGGUGGCUUGACUAUGAGACCUCCAGAGACUUUUCCAACUCUUUUAUUCUAUAUUUUGUGUGUUGUGCAGAAGGCCCUUUUGGGGUAUCUCAUUGGUCAUUGUGCCGUAUGAGAUAAGAGUUCAUCUUGUGCCACCACAAAGUUAUUAUAAGACUGAAUGCAAAUCAGUCAAUCUAGAAGAGAUUCCUUCCCACAGUCACAGAGGUGGACAAUUUUGCAAAACUGCUCAAAAUCUGCCCCAGAAUUGGAGCGGAAAGAAGAGUAGGGACCUUCUAAUGAGACUCACCUACCCAUUCCAUUGGCUAAACUGUAUUCUUUUUUUAAAUAUUUUUUUAUUUUUAAACAAACAUAAAACAAAACCAUCUUCCAGUUAC